AUGUGGCAAUUUGCUGUCCCCGUGCUCUUCAUGGAGAUAUUCGUCGACACGUUGCUGCCCAGUGCGUGCUUCUCACUCGUCGUGUACGCAACGUGCCUCGUCGCAAUACCAUCGGUAGGAAGACAACUUGAUGCUGGAAAUCGCUGGCAGGUCAUGCGACUCGCUAUCGUGCUGGAAAACAUCAUGAUUGUCGCUAGUGCUGUGCUGGUGGGAGCCAUACUGCUCUUGACAGGCGCGGACGGGCUGCACAAACCAAAAUGCACAUGGUCGUUGAUGCUAUUGUUUGCCGGCACGCUCGUUUGUGGCGGAGUGGGCCAGGUGCUUAGCGAGGCACAGACACUGAGCAUUGAGCGCGACUGGGUCGUGAUCAUAGCACAGGACGGUGGAUCAAAGCGUUCGGAUGCACUGGCAGGCCUCAACACUACCCUCCGGCGCAUCGAUCUCGCGUGUAAACUGCUGGGACCUCUUGCAUUCGGUUUCAUCGUCGAUUAUGCAGGUCGCAAUUCCACCACGCGUGUCAUGAUCGGCGCAUCAACAGUGGCAAUCUGGAACUGCCUCUCCACUCCACUUGAGUACUUCAUGAUGCGAGACAUUUACCGGCUUGUACCUGAGCUAUCAAAUAAGGAAAAAGACUCGGAAUCCGAAGAGUACCAGCAGCUGCAAGACGCAGCUGAUGGUCAAAGUGCGCUGUCAAGCUACGCGGCACAGUGGAGACACUUCACGCGGCAUCCGGUAUUCCUGCUGAGCUUUUCCUACUGCGCUCUAUAUAUGACGGUCCUCGACAAUGGCUCGCUAAACACAGCGUACCUCAAGUGGCGGGGUGUACCCAACUCGCUCUUGGGCUUAAGUCGUGGUGUCGGUGCAGUCUUCGGGCUUCUGGGCACGUUGCUGUUUCCAUACUUGCGACGUGCCAUUGUCCAACUGGAGCGGGUUGCAGUAUUGAGUAUCUGGCUGGUUUGGUUGAGCCUUGUGCCAGUAGUACUGCUCUUAAUGCUCGUCGGUGAGUCACGCGUGUCAGACCACGUCAUGUUGAGCUGCAUGGUUGGCGCACGCAUGUGGCUCUGGAGUGCGGAUCUUGCCCAGACGCAGCUCAUGCAGGAAUGGGUUGAGCCCGGCCGUCGCGGGGCCAUCAAUGCAAUGCAGACGGCUACGUGCCAGUUGUUUUACAUACUCAUUCAGCUGAUGGGCGUCGUUUUCCACGAUCCCAGUCAGUUCGAAGCGCUCGUGUUCUUCUCCGUUGCCGCCGUGUUCGCGGCAGCAAUAGGGUUCACGCUCUGGGGCGUCAAGUUUGGCCGGCAUCGAAGUCUGUACGUGCAGCAGGAUGAGACAAUCGAGAGUGUCAAGGCCGUGAGCUCAAGGUCGUAG